AUGAUUUUUUCAGCUGUCAGCAGCAAAUGUCUUGCGAAGAAUGUACGAGGAAACAUUUAUUAUGUGUCCUUUUUAAGAAUCAACACAUAUAAUUAUAGUAGUAUAUUUGAUUUAAUAUUAAGAAAAAAAAAAGAAAGAAUCUGUGAUGAUAAUAAAAUAAUUAAUGAUAAUAGGGGUAAAGAAGAAGAAUAUAAUGAGUGUAAUAUAAAAGAAAGGAUUUUAAAAUGUGAAGUUCCUAUUUACAAUAGUAAUAAUAAGAUAAAGAAGAAAGAAAAUAUUUCAUAUAUAAAAAAUUAUGUACAUAAGGAUAAGAAAUGUUCUGAUGGGUUUGAAUUAAUAAGUGAUGAUAAUAUUUAUAACAAUAAAUUAUACAUCUUAAGAUAUAUAAAAUAUUUACAAAUAAAUGAUGAUAUAAAUAAAUAUAGAUUUAUAUCUAAGCAUAUAAUUAAUAAUGUGUAUAAAUUUAGAUAUAAUGAAAUAUUAUUUAUUUUAAAAAUAUUUUGUAAAAGAAAAUAUAAGAAUUUAUUAUUGCUACAAUGUUUUAGUGAAUAUUUUUAUUGGUUAUGUAAAUUAAAAAAAAGUAAUAAAACAAAUAUAUCGUAUUAUUUAUAUUUUUGUUCAAGGUUUAAUUAUAUACCUACCAUAAAAUAUGUAGAUGAAUAUUUAGACACUUUUCUUUGUUAUGAGAAAUGGGUACCAGGUAUGAAUUUUUUUUCUUUAAAUAUGAUUGAAGAAGAAACUAAUGAUUGUGCUAAGGAUAUAAAAUAUAUAAUUAAUGUUUUAUAUUUUUUAAAUAUGUGUAAUUUAAAAAAGAAGAAAGAAUUAUUUGAUACCUUACUUUAUAUGUGUAUAUAUAAUAUAAAUGAUUUAACAGUAAAAAAUACAUUUUUAUUAUUAAAAAUUCUUAUAACAAAUAUUGAGAAUGAUAAAUAUGAUAUAUCUGUUUUUAGCACUAUUCAUAAAAAUAUAGAACGACAUAUAAAUUCAUUAGAAGAUUUAGAUUUUCAUAAUUAUAUGAAUAUUAUUUUUUAUAAUAACAUAAAUCCUGAUGCAACAUUUUUUCGUUUUAUUCAUAAUUAUAUUGAUAAAAAGGAUAUUAGGAUAUCUUCCAAUAGUAUGCUUGCUAUAUUAAAAAUAAUGAAGAAAUAUAAUAACAAGGAUCAUGUUAUGUUUAAAAAAAUGGCACGUAUAAUGAUAGACAAUUUUUUUAAUUAUACGUAUGAUCAGAUAUUAUAUGUAUUGAAGAUAUUCAUACAAUUAAAUUAUUUUAGUCAGGAUUUUUUUAAUUAUCUUUUUAAAGCUUUUAUAUCUUCUGGUGUUAAUGACCUUGUCUGGAAUAAGCUACCUGAUGAGAAUUCGAAGGAAAAAAAAAAAAUACAAGGCAUAAUAAAAAAUAAAUAUCUACUAAAUGAUUUAUAUAUUGAUAAUAAUAAUAAUAAUAAUAAUAAUAAUAAUAAUAAUAAUAGUAAUUAUAUUGUUAAUAGGUAUGAAGAUGUGUUAAAAGAAAAAAAAAAAAAGGUUAAGGAGGAUGAAAAAAUAAAUUAUGAAAAUUUAAAGACUUGUAAUUCAUAUGAUAAAAAGGUAUUUCCUUUUGAUGAGACUUAUGUGGGUGAAAAUAAGAAUAAUGAAAUAUAUGUAGAAAGGGAUAACCUUUUACAUAAUGAUAAAACUUUACAAAAUAAUAAUCAUCAUUAUAAUAAUAUUUCCCAUUUUGACAAUGAAAAAAGAGAUAUUCCAAAUAAUAUAUUGUGUAAUAAUAUUUUAAACAAAAUAAAUAAUAAAUAUGAUAAUUUUACAAAUGAUCCCACUAAAUCAUUCGGGAACACCUCUUUGUAUAUAAAUAUAGUUGAAGAGAAAAAGGACGAUAAACACAAAAAAAUAAACGAGAUAUCUCAUUUACCUCUACAUUUAAAUAUUAUUAAAAGUAAAAUGAAAAUCGAUUCAUCAAAUAUAAUACCAAACAACAUGCCUAUGGAGGAUAAUAAUAUAUACAGAAAAGUAACAUACGAUAUAUUAUAUAUACAAAUGCAUAUUUAUCUUUUUAUUUAUUUGGGUAUAUGUGGUUAUCGUAAUAUCCAAGCGUUAGAUAUGUUAUCGAAAAAAAUACAACAUUAUUUAUAUAUCAUAUAUAAUAAGCAACAUGAUAUAUCUGACGACAAUAUAGAAAAGAAAAAAAAAAAAAACGACGGUAUUAAAUUAAUAUCAUUUUCAUAUGCUAUAAAUAAAAUGAAAGAAGAUUAUAAUAACAAUUUUUAUUUAUUAUCACAAGAACAUAAGAAUAUACUUUUACAUGAUGAUAUGAAAAGUAUACAAAUUCGGAACAAUCUGGAAAAUAGGGAAUUAUUAAAAGAUAAACAAAAGAUAGGAUAUAAGGAGAAUUAUAUACAUAUGUGUAAUGAUAAUAUAGACUCAAAAAAAAAAAACAAAAAGAAAAAAGAAAAAUAUAUUUCUAAUGUUUAUCAAGAUGAUCAAAAAAAUAUAUUUAUAAAUCAAUUGAAAAAAUCAUGUUUACAUUUUGUAUAUAAUAAAAAUGAAAAAUUAGAUUUAGAAAAAUUAGAAAAAAGAAAAAAGAAAAAAAAAAAAAAAUUAAAAGAGGAAAAAAAUGAUAACAUGAAUGUUAUGAAAUAUAUGAAUGUUGAAAAUUUUAGGAGAAGUAAAAGUAUUAAUACAAAUAAUAUGAAUGACACUGUGUAUAAAAAUGUUUCCAUUAUAAAGAAAAGAAACACAGAAAAGAUAGAACAAAAGAAAAAAACAUUAGCAGAAUGUUACAGUGGUCAUCCGGCAUUUAUACGUCUGCACAAUAGAAAAUUGUUCAGAAGGUAUUUUAAUGGUAUGUAUAAGAGCGAACUUUACUUGGAAAAAAUAAAAAGAAAGAAAACCAAAAAAGGGAAUGAGAUGAAUAAAAAGAGAAAGGGAGAUUUACGAUUAAAAAAGUAUAGAAAGAUUAAAACAUUACGGAAUACGAUUCUUAAAAGAUAUGGUUAUAUAUUUAAAAACAAGUAUAAUUUAGUAAGUAGGUACAUCAAUGAUUAUGUAUAUAAUGACAAAGAAAAGAAUAAAUGUUUGAAAGAAGAAACUUUUGUAGAUAUGAUUUUAAAAAGAAAUGAAAUACAUAUAGAUGACUGUUUAUUUAUAAAUUAUAAUAUUUUAUGUAAUAUAUCUAUGAAGAAUUUAAUGAAAAAAAAAUUUUGUAAUUUUAUAUCUCGUAGUAAUGAAAUAACAAGUGACGAAUAUAUUAUACAAAAUGAUUAUUAUAAUAAGAAACAAGAAUAUUAUAAACAUGAUAUUAUUAAAUGGAUAUAUAGAUAUAUAAAUAAUUGUAAUAUCUUUUUUAAAAAUAAUAAUAAUAAAAAAGGACAAUUAAUAAAUGAAUAUGACAUCAAAAAGUUAGAUAUAUGUAUUAAAGAAUUUAAUUCAGAUAUGAAAGAAGAAGAAGAAGAAGAAGAAGAAGAAGAAGAAAAAAAAAAAAAAAAAAAAAAUAAUAAUAAUAAAUUAUUAAUAAGUUUAAAAAAUAUAUCCUUGAUAUGUGAAGCAUGUACCAACCUAUAUUAUUAUAAUAAUAAUUUAUAUGAUGUCUUAUUAUAUCAUAUGUUAAAAAUAAUAGAUCGUUUUUAUAAUAAUAUUGGAGAAUAUGUUAAAGAAAACUUAAUAUGUAAUCACGACAAAUCAAAUAUAAAUAUGCACAAAAAUUUUAAGAACAAUAAUAUUAAUCUUCCUGGUGAUAUGAGUAUAAUACAAGAUAGGUUUGAAGAAAAUAUAAUAUAUAAUAAUAUGUUAUGUGAUGAUAAAAGCGAUGAGGAAAAUAAGAUAUUACACAAGGAAAUAAAUGUACAUAAUAAUAAUAAUAAUAAUAUUAGUAAUAAUAAUAUUAGUAAUAAUAAUAUUAGCAAUAAUAAUAUUAGCAAUAAUAAUAUUAGCAAUAAUAAUAUUAGUAAUAAUUAUAUUAGUAAUAAUAAUAAUUAUUAUUAUUUUUCAAAGUUACAUAUUUGUUUAUUUAAAAAUGUGUGGAAAUUUUUAAUCUGCCAUAUACAAGUAAACCAUUUUAUAAAGAACAUAUUAGAAAAUGACAUUAGAUAUAAUACAUUUGAAAAAUUAAUAGAUAUAUAUACACACAAAUAUUUUUAUUAUAAUAUUAAAAAUAUAAUAUAUAUUAUAAAUUAUAUCAACUCAUCAAAUAUUGUAUAUACUAAUAAUAAAAAAUAUUCCUUUGUUUAUGUAUUUUUUAUAAAUUAUUUUAAUAUAUCUGUAAUAAUAAAUAAAUUAUUUUUAUUUAAUAAGAUAAUAUAUAUGAUGUCUCAAAUGUGUUAUCCAAAAAAUGUAGAACAUAUAAAAAAAAAAUUCAACAUCAUUUUAUAUGAUAUAUCAUAUUUAUAUUAUAUAUAUACAAAGACCCUUUUGAAUUUUCAAAAAGAAAUAGAAAUAAAAAAUAGAAGAAUUUCUACGGAUAAUAUAAAACACAUAGUUAGUAAUGAUGAUAUACAUAAUUUAUUUUCUUGUAUUAAUUUUUAUAUAAUAUUUCUUUAUAUUUUAAAAAAAAAUAUAAAUGAACAGAAAGAGUAUUUUAUUAAUCCUACUACAGAACGUAUUAUGGAAAGUAAUGAUAUGAUGAUUACAUGGGACGAUUUAAAAAUUGAGAAGAAUAUCCAUCCACAAAAUAAUUUAUAUGUACAUACAAAUAAUAUAGUAACAUAUGAGAAAAUGCAGGAACUCAAAAAUGAUGAUCAUAAUAGUAUAAUGGACCAUCAUUACAUCUUCAAAAUUAUGUUACAUUGUAUUAACUUAAUAAGAUAUUCAAAUAUUUCAAAUGAUAAAAUUAAUAAUAAUGAACAGAAAAAAAAAAAUAUAUAUAUAUUUACACUAAUACGUUUUUAUUAUAUCUUUAAAACAUUUUAUAGAAAUAAGAAAUUACUUUAUAAUAUCAUUGAACAAAAUUAUGACGACUUCUUUCCCUUAUUUAUUAUUAAGAUAUUAAACAAAAAAAAAAUUAAACAAAUCUAUAUACCUCAACUUUUUUCUAUGGAUAGAUGUAUAGCAACUCAUAAUAAAAAACAAUUUAUACAUGGACUUAUAACAAACCAUUUUGCACCCUUUUUUAAGAAGUCCUAA